UCUUGAAACAGCAAGAAGCUCAUCCUGCAGCCAAAGAACACUUCACAUCCAUGGAGCUCAUUGUGGUGGUCCUCAGUCUCGUGGGCGCUGGCCACGCAUUGCCGGUGCCGCGUCUGCUUGGAUUGUCUGCGAGCAACAGCAACGAGCUUCUGCGUCUGCCUGGACUCUCGUACAAUGGACUUGCAUUUGGGCAGCAGCAGCAGCAGCAGCAGCCUCUGCCCUUUGUCCCCCCAUUUGUUUUCCAGCCCCAGCAGAUUGAUAUGGCGCUUCCUCCUCAAUUGUCCCGCACCCCUCAAAUAGGCGUUUCUGGCCAGGGGUCCGUGCAGCCAACAGGUUCCCUGCCAUCUCAGGUCCUUCUGCCCCCUCAAGUUUUUGUUCCUUCUCAGAGUGGCGUCCCCCCACAGGUGCUCCUCCCUGCAGCUCAAGGUGACCAGACAGCCAUCUCUGUACCACAGCAGCCCCUGUACCCACAGGAGCCCGGUGUCCCUUUGCAGCCGAACCAGGUGUUGCCAUCAUACUAUCCAUCCUUUGUGUUCCCCCAACAAGCAGGAGGACAGGUGAGUCCCUUCUUCAUUGCCUAUGGGUACCCAUCUCAGAAACAGCCAGCAGUCCAGCAGCUGCCACUGAACCCAAACCAGCAGCCUAUGGAGCCGGCGGUGCUCAGGCCACAGCAGUUCAUGCAGGACAAGAUGCUGACGAUUGGAGGCACCGCUAAGCCAUCGGCACUUGAAGGAGUCCGUGCUGUGCCAGAUGAGACUCUGCCAAGCUUUCUGCUCCCUUUCCAGCCGUAGGAGAGCCCCGGAUGUGCAGAUUUUCCUGCAGCCUGAAAUAUGAAGUGCCAUUCAUACAAACUGAAGAACUGAAGAAAGGUGACGACUCUCAAGCAACACAUUUGGAACUAAACCUGCCAUGAUGGACAUGAGCUUCUUACAACUGUCCAAUAAUCUGACUUUUGUUUGUCAUUUGUUGUUUUAUUUCACCAAAUAAAAUAAUAUACACACUCAA